AAAACUUGAUUUAGUGCUAUUUUGGUCUUUUUCUCUAUAAAAAAUCACUAUAUUUUGGUUUUUAAGAUAUUAUUUUUGAUACUAAAUUCCUUUAUGAUAUAUGAUUUUAUAAAAGAAAAUAUUAAGAAAAAUUAAAAUAUAAAUAGAUAACAUUAGUAGUGGCAAUUAGUAAAAUGAUUUAUGAAAUUGAUAAUUUAUAUAAAAGGAAACUUCUUAUUGUCAAAUUACAUGUUUUAAAUAAAAAAAAUUGCUAGGUAUUUUUAAUUUUAAGAUAUUGCCUUUUUGAUACUAAAUUUCUUUAUGAUAUUGAUAUGAUUAUAUAUAUAUAUAUACAUAUAUAUUAAAAACGAAAAUAAAAAUAGUUUAUAGAUAUUUUGAAAAUUUUAGAUAUCCUUUUUUAUUUAAGAAAAAAAAUAUUAAUAAAAACUAAAAUAAUUUUUUUGAUAAUGACAAUUACAAAAUAAUAUUAAUUCAUUAAGGUUAAUAAUGUAAUAAACUAUUGUGAGAGUUAACGUGAACGCGACACAUAGUAUACUGACUUCUAAAAUAAUAUUAUAGAGAUGCUAAAAUUUAGCAAAUAUUUUUGAGAAAAUCAUGGUUUAGAGUUUUUGAUCUUGAUAUUUUUUUUGUUUUAAAGAAUUUCAAACCAAAUCUAAGUUUAUUCAUCUUUAUUUGCCUUUACUAUAAAAAUACCGCUUUCAGAUAACGAUAAAGCUGCAUCAAAGAUUUUCUCUCCCAUUUUUUAAAACAUUUAAUCCUAAAACAAAUAAACAAGUCGCCCCAAGCCCUAAUUAAUAAAUACUAUACAUAUAAUUCCAUGAUUUCAUCACUACCCAGUAUUAAUACCACCUUAGUAUGUCAUAUGUGCAAACCCACAUGCCCAAACCCUUUAUCAACACACAAUUUCGUUUCGUAUAUUAUAUUUCUACUUCAUUUAUACUUUGGGGAGUGAGUUGAUUCAUUAACUCUUGGAUUUUGGGGGCUCUGUAUUUUCCUUAGAGAAGUCAUUAUGUCUUUAAUGGGUUUGUUGGUGGAAGAUGUGUCAGUGACAUGAAGAAGACGAACAACAACAAUAAGCUUGCAAUAAAUGUUUUACUUUUACCUUCAUCAAACAACACACAAAAUCAAAGUGUUUUUAGACUCUUCAGAAAAGUCAAAACGGUGAAAAAGAGGAGAUUCCUCAGCCGUUACAAUGUCUUCUAGCUUGAUUUUCACCUUCAUUUUCACACUCUGCCUCCUCUCGUCUUGCUUCUCCUCCUCUGCUUCUCUACAUAAUGCCACAGACGAAAAUGUGACUCUCCGGCCUCAACAUGAGAUCCAGAAGCUGAAACUUAUCAGAGAACACCUCCAAAAGAUCAAUAAACCCGCCGUGAAGACCAUUCAGAGCCCAGAUGGAGAUAUAAUAGAUUGUGUUCCAUCUCAUCACCAGCCUGCUUUUGAUCAUCCCAUGUUGCAAGGACAAAGACCAAUGGAUCCACCAGAGAUGCCCAAAGGGUAUAGCCAAGAAAAUGAAUCCCAUGAAGAUUUUCAGCUUUGGAGUUUGACCGACGAGUCUUGUCCGGAAGGAACGAUUCCGAUCAGAAGAACGACGGAGCAAGACAUGUUAAGAGCAAGUUCUGUCCGUAGAUUUGGUCGCAAAAUCAGGCGUGUAAGAAGGGACUCGAGCAGUAACGGCCACGAGCAUGCGGUUGGAUACGUAUCGGGAAGUCAAUAUUACGGAGCAAAAGCAAGUAUAAACGUGUGGACGCCACGUGUCAGUAGCCAAUAUGAGUUUAGUUUGUCUCAGAUUUGGGUUAUCGCCGGUUCUUUCGCCGACGAUCUUAAUACCAUCGAAGCUGGUUGGCAGGUUAGCCCAGAGCUGUACGGAGACACUAACCCAAGAUUCUUCACCUAUUGGACGUCCGAUGCGUACCAGGCAACAGGAUGCUAUAACCUAUUGUGUUCCGGUUUUAUUCAGACAAACAAUCGAAUUGCGAUCGGAGCUGCCAUUUCUCCGGUUUCAUCGUAUAAAGGUGGACAAUUCGAUAUAAGUUUAUUGAUAUGGAAGGACCCAAAACACGGGCACUGGUGGCUCCAAUUCGGGUCGGGGACACUAGUCGGGUACUGGCCCGUAUCAUUGUUCACACACCUGAUGGAGCAUGGGAACAUGGUCCAGUUCGGUGGCGAGAUCGUGAACACAAAACCUGGUGGUUCACAUACGUCGACACAAAUGGGAAGUGGACAUUUUGCUGGUGAAGGUUUUGGAAAAGCGUCUUACUUUAGGAAUCUCGAGUUGGUAGAUUGGGACAAUACUCUUAUUCCGACAGCUAAUCUUAGAGUUCUUGCGGAUCAUCCGAAUUGUUAUGACAUAAGAGGAGGAGUAAACCGGGUUUGGGGUAACUAUUUUUAUUAUGGAGGACCCGGUAAAAACUCGAAGUGUCCUUAGAGUUAGAAAAAGAGUAAAUUAUGUGUUUUCAGUCGACGUAGGUAAGUUUUUAUUUGGGAUUGAGGGCUCUGGACAAAGAUCCAGAGAAUUUUUUUUUUUAAUGUAUGUGUAAGAAAAGAAAUAUACAUAGAUUGAUUAAUGUUAUCAAAUGCGAAGUGCAACAUGAAUGAAAAGAAUCAAUUAAUUAAA